AUGUCAUCGUCAUUGAAUUCCGAAAAAUAUCCUGCUUCUCACGAUAGUGCUCCCAUCAGCAACGUCCAGCUUUCUGGAGAUGGAGAUGAGUUUGUAAUUCUAGGUGGGAAAAGAUAUUACCGUCAUGAGCUCAUGAGGGCGUUCGGCGGAACACUUGUGUCUGAAAGGUAUGCGCCAUAUCCCAAACAUCAAUUUGGUAAUGCAGCAGCCUUAGGUCUUGCCUCUUUCGGCUUGACCACUUUUGUAUUGGGACUCUACUUGGCCGGAGCAAUGGGCAUCAGUAAGCCCAACGUUGUCGUUGGUUUAUGUUUCUUUUAUGGCGGUUUUGUUGAAGCAUUUGCCGGUAUUUGGGAGCUUGUCAUUGGAAACUGCUUCGCUGGAACAGUGUUGGUAAGUUUCGGGAUGGGCUUCUGGAUCAGCUUUGGAGCAUUGAACGUAGAGGCCUUUGGCAUUGCGGCAGCAUACGGCGAUGAUGUCGAUCAACUCAAUGCGGGCAUUGGGUUAUACUUGCUCGGCUGGGGUAUCUUCUGUUUUAUGAUGCUUGUGCUUACUUUCAAGACCACGGUGGUAUUCAUGUCAUUGUUCUUGACUUUGGAUUGUGCAUUUUUCGUUUUGGCUGGCCAUUACUUCACUGGAAGUGCAGGCUGCUUAAAAGCAGGAGGUAUUCUCUGUGUUAUUUCAUCCAUAUGUGGGUGGUAUUGCGCUUUUGCUGGUGUGGCGAAUAAACAAAACUCUUACGUUAUUCCAACUGCCAUUCCUCUCCCCUUGUUUGGCAGAGGUUGA